CAGGCGCUCAUCAGCUUCAUGCCCUCCUCACAGGCGAUGGGGCUGGCGGCGCUGGCCGUGCUGGCGGCCCUGGCCGUCGUGCACGCCGAGGACGGCGCCGCUUCGCUGUUCCCCUCCAUGACCAUCACGGCGCCGAACAGCGCGGCGCGGGCGUGCGCCAGGCAGAGCAAGCAGCUGGAGCGGGCCAUCGCCAACCGGACGCUGUGGGCCAUGCACAUGCUGGACGCGUCGGCGCUGGGCGUGGGCGCCGUCGGGGCCCUGUCGGGCUCCGUGUACCAGCUCGGGGACUUCGACGAGUGCCUCGGGGUGACGCCGCCAUGGCCGUCGCAGUACUGCCUGGCCGCCGUGCACUACGCCGUGCCGCACACCGAGGCCCUGCCGCUGCACCACCAGGUGUACGCGCCCAACGGCUCCGUCUGGGACAAGGUCCACUUUUCCGGUGCGGAUCACAUGCUCCCGCUGGACACGAUGACGUGGGGCUUGUGCGUGCCGGCGGCCUGCGACGCCGGGGAGCUCAAGACGGCCCUGGAGGCGCACCUGGGCGCGGCGGUGCGGGACGCGGCCAAGGCGGUCAACGUGUCCGUGGGCCACUGCACCGCGCCGCUGCGCCGCCGCUACGGCGCCGACCUGCUGGACGCCGUCUUCGGGGCGCUGGUGGGCACGCUGGUGUCGCUGCUGAUUGUGGGAACCCUGGUGGACCUCCGCGGACAGCUGGACGCCAACGGCAAAGGCGGCAAGGAGCAGCCCGCCGCUGUAGGCCGCGUUCGACGCAUGCUGCUGUGCUUCUCGCUGCGGCGGUCCCUGCGCUCGCUGCUGGCGGCCGAGCCGCGCGUCGCCGGGCUGGCCACGGAGCCGGUGUCCGGGGUGCGCUUCAUCAACAUGGUGCUGCUGGUGUGCGUGCACCGCGUGCUCAACGUGUACCGCGGGCCCGUGCACAACUACCUGCAAGUGGCGGGGAAGGCGGUCGAGGACCUGCCCCUGACGGGGGUGAUCCACGGCCAGGUGUACGUCGACACCUGCUUCUACCUGGCGGGGCUGCUGCUGGCGUGGUACGACCUGUGCCGCCCCCAGGCCCAGCACUUCGGGCGCACGCUGCUGCUGCGCUACGUGCGGCUCACGCCGUGCUACGCGCUCGUCAUCCUGUUCUACGCCUCCGUGUUCUACAAGACGGGCUCCGGGCCGCUGUGGGACUCGUUCAUCGGCGUGGAGCGCGACGCCUGCCGCGACUACUGGUGGACUAACCUGCUGUACAUCAACAACUACGUGCCGACCGACACGCUGUGCAUGUUCCAAUCGUGGUCGCUGGCCGCCGACAUGCACUACUUCGUGCUGGGCUCGAUGGUGCUGCUGCUGGUGCGGCGCAACUACCGCUGGGGCUUGGCGGCGCUGGCCGCGCUCACCGUCCUGUCCGUCGCGGUCCCCUUCGCCCUCACCGCCCUGCAGCACUGGCCCGCCCUGCUCAUGUUCCACCCCGGGUUCCUCAAGGACAUCCACCGCAGCCCCAUGUUCCGGCUGGUGUACUCCGCCUCGCACAACCGCGCCACGCCGUACCUCAUGGGCAUGGGCACGGCGCUGCUCCUCCACAAGCUGCACGUGCAACGGCAGCACCGCUUCUCCACGACGUGGACGUGGGCGCUGGAGGUGUGCGCGGCGGCGUGCAUGCUGCCGGUGCUCUUCACGUCCGUCGUGUUCUACAACCCCGAGCACGUCUACAGCGCCCUGGGGGCGGCGGUCUACGCCGCCUUCUCGCCCGUGGUGUGGACGGCUGGCCUCGUGGCUGGCAGCCUCAGCUCCAUGCUGGGCACCAAGUCCAUCGUGAGAUUCGCCACGACGCCACGGCCGUUCCUGGUGCUGAGCAAGCUGACGUACUGCGUGUACUUGGUGCACUGGAUCUUCCAGAUGACCUCCACGGCGGUGCUCAGGGCGCCGUACCACCAAGAGGACUGGAAGACAUGGCAGGAGUCGAUGAACGACGUGCUCAACUCGUUCCUGCUCGCCUUCGCGCUCCACCUGGCCGUGGAGGUGCCCACGAGGACCUUGUCCAAGCUGCUGCUCGCUCCGCGAAAGGGCGGUGCUCAUUCGCAGCGCUACUCCAUGACUCCAAGCUCCGAGCAGGGGGUAGCGCCGAGGGUGCCGCCCGUACCGCCGCAGCCCGCGCCCCGCGUCUCGCCGGACCCCAACGGCAACGUGGUCAAGAAGACUGAAAGAAAGUAGACGGCGAAAGGCAGCCCAACCUUCUCGUGUACGCAGCCAGAUCUGGCUGAAGCUCAACUAAACUGGGACAGGAUGUGAAAAAAGAACAUGUGAUGUAACCCACUUACUUGUCGCAGCGAAUCAGGCUCGCUUGUUUUCUGCGAUGAGUUUGAUUAGAAUAAGACUUAAAGACUAAAUUGUAAUUAAGGCCACAAGUACAAAUCACUAUGGUGGUAGAGUUAUCCCCUCACCAAACGGAAAGAACGGGAUCCGGCUACUUCUGCGAACAGUGAGGGAAGCGGAGAGCCUGAAUAUAGUAUAUUGGACGACGUGCGUAUCGAUGAAACCCAGACAAAGAUUGUUGUCAUCAUUGUGAUAGAGGUCUGGCGACGAUUCUCUUUUCAUGCCUACCGGGCCGACUGGAGAUGGUCCGUUCGAUGAAUCGAUUGGCGGAACUCUCGCCUUAUCGAAAAGUCGCAGCGCCGGCCUGCAGCGUUUGAUGCAUCUCGUUGCUAUCUUCUCGUCGGCCGGGUCGUGCGCCUUUUAUAGCCGGGCCUCGCCCGCGGGCGAAAACCCGCAGACGGACAAAGAUGAAUGUAAAUAAUGAAACUGUAUCGGUCUGUCAGAUAAAUGUGCAAGUGAUAAUAAACAGCGCGUCGUGUUUC